GGAAGUACGAUGCAAGAAAACCCUUGAGCGAACAUGAUCCUAGUGACGCAACCUAACACUUGCCUGGACUCCUAAAUAUUGUAUGAGAGGUGCUGUCUACCUUUUACCAUUUCUGCUGCCUUUUAUACUUACAUAGUAGGUGCUCUCUUGGCUACUCUCUUGGCUUCUUAUAUCCGUACUAAGCCACAUUCACAUAUCCUACUUACGUGAUCAGGUCUUCUCAGCUGAGCCGGGCAUACGGGCAGCUCACCUGUCCGCCGGAGUUAACGACUAUCCCAGCUGAUACAAUACCUACCUACAUACCCAGGGGCUUAUUUAUUACACCUACCAGAAACCUACCUACAUGUACACUAUAGACUACGAGCCUUUGGCAUACGUCCUGAUCGUCUCACAUUCCUCCAUUCUUUUAAAAAGAUAGCAUAUAAUAUUGCAGUCUCCGUUUAAAGUCGCUAAAUCAAGGCACAGUCCCUGGACUUGUUAGCCAUGGAGUUUAAUGGUGGAGGUAUAUCCGCAAACCAUCUAUGUGUUUUAGUUCAUGGGCUAUGGGGAAACCCAAACCACAUGAGCCAGGUUGCAAAGGCCCUACGAGCGGCUCAUUCUGAAGAUGAGCUGUACCUCCUUCUUGCGAAGCGGAAUAGUGGCAAUUUCACCUAUGACGGCAUCGAACUCGGUGGCGAAAGAGUUUGUGUUGAAAUCGAAGAGGAAAUCGAAUCAAUACGGAAGAGAGGUGGCAAUAUCACCAAAUUGAGCAUUGUUGGAUAUUCAUUGGGUGGACUGGUUGCCCGUUAUGCGAUCGGUCUCUUAUCUGCAAAGGGAGUCCUAGACCAAGUAGAACCAGUUAACUUUACAACCUUUGCGACACCGCAUCUGGGUGUACGAGCGGCUCUUCGAGGCUGGUACGACAAAAUAUGGAACAGACUAGGAGCUAGGAUACUGUCAGAAUCCGGGCGCCAACUCUUUAUCGUCGACAGCUUCCGUGAUACGGGCCGACCACUCCUCUCCAUUCUCGCCGACCCCGACUCUAUAUUCAUGACAGGUCUAAGGAGAUUCAAGCGCCGGACAUUGUAUUCCAACGUGACCAACGACCGCACUGUCAAUCACUAUACUUCCAUGAUAACAAAAACGGACCCUUAUGUCGAUAUGACUAAGGUCAAAGUCACCUAUGUAAAAGGCUACGAUGAUGUAAUCCUUGAUCAAACGAACACGCUCGAACCUCUCCCACCAGCGAGCCCUAAAUCAACAAUGCACUCAGUGGCCACCGACGGCUUAUCUUAUAUCAAGAAUGGGCCAUACAUACUUGCGCUUUCUAUUGUCCUGCCCAUUGGCAUUACAGCUUUUCUGCUCAACUCGGUUGUGCAAACAAUACGAAGUUCCCGGCGCAUCCAACUUCAUGAAACUGGCAAAGCCGGGAUACAGAUUGAAAAAUAUCGAAUGCCGCUCUGGAUCAAAGAGUUCCAGGGUACAGUUGAAGACGUCUACGAAAAUCUCAACAAUUCACAGAAGCAGGAGUACCUCACAUCUCCAGAUGAGACAGACUCUGACAGCACGCUGAACACUGCAAGGAUUGACAUUCUUGAUCUCGAGCGCAGAGGGUCUGAACCCCAUACACCUACGCUCGCAUUGGCCCCUUGUCAGUUCGAUAUGAUUAAAGCCCUAGACAGUGCGGGCUGGCGUAAGUACCCAGUCUGGAUUCACAAAGUACGACAUAGUCACGCAGCUAUAAUUGUCCGUACAGAUAAGCCGAGCUUCAGUGAAGGACUCAUUGUGUUGAAACACUGGCUAAACGAUGAAUUUCUCAUAUAAUUAUAUAUAUGUCCCUGGGUUGCAUGUUAUUGCUAUAUAUAUAGAAAGAGGCGUUAGGAAGGGACAUUUCCAAUUUUUAGAUAGCAGUGCUCACACUACCUAUAGAGCAAACUGAGCUAGACACUAUAUAUAGAACGCUCUCGUCGAGCGGCCAUAAUCAUAACAUCUUAUAGAGGCAG